GCCGCCCUCUCCUCCCGCCGGCUUCCCCUCCUCUCCCCUGCCGCCGCCGCUCCUCCGACACCUCCGCCCCCACGAUCGCCAGCUCGGAGAGACGCCACCCGGCUGCCACGGGCGCUCGCAGCCCGGGGUCACGCAAAGAAGAGGGGCGCGAGUCUGGCCCCCGCGCUCGGUAGGGGGCGUCCUGGAGCGGAGAGCGAGGCAGUGGCCUAUGAGAGUGCGAGCGGAGCCCACCCUGAAGCCCGAGCUUCUCACUCGAGCCACGCCGCCCAGCCCCAUUCGGGCCAGCGCAGGGCGAGCUAGCCCAUCUGUGGCAUCCGCGGCCGCCUCCUCCUUGCACCUCCUCGCCGACCCCUCCCUCCCGGGACCUGCAUCCCGCUCCACCAAUCAGAGCGCGACUGCCUCUUCCCACGUGACCCCGGGCGGGCUGAGGACCUGCUGCUUCCCAAACGCCAGAGGGAUGCGGGCGGCAGAGCGCGAGAGGCGGCUGCUGGGCUGCGGAGCGCCCUGACUCUGCCUCCUCCCUGCCUCCCCGGGCUCCUCUCUUCUGCCCCGUGGACCGCCGUCUCCGCCUGUUCCCCGGCUUCCCAGAGACCCUCCUUAUGGCAGCAGCUUCCCGCGCCCCCGGCGCAGCUUCUCAGCGGACGACCCUCUCGCUCCCGGGGCUGAGCCGGGUCCCUGGAUGUUGCUGAAAGUCCCGAGAUCAUGCGCGGGUUUGGCUGCUGCUUCCCAGCCCGGUGCCACUGCCGUCGCCGCCGCCUCUGCUGCCGCGGUCCGCGGGAUGCUCAGUAGCCCGCUGCCCGGCCCCCGCGAUCCUGUGUUCUUCGGAAGCCGUUUGCUGCUGCAGAGUUGCGCGAACUAGUCAUGGUGCUGUGGGAGUCCCCGCGGCAGUGCAGCAGCUGGACACUUUGCGAGGGGUUUUGCUGGCUGCUGCUGCUGCCGGUGAUGCUACUCAUCGUAGCCCGUCCGGUGAAGCUCGCUGCUUUCCCUACCUCCUUAAGUGACUGCCAAACGCCUACCGGCUGGAACUGCUCUGGUUAUGAUGACAGAGAAAAUGAUCUCUUCCUCUGUGAUACCAACACCUGUAAAUUUGAUGGGGAAUGUUUAAGAAUUGGAGACACUGUGACUUGCGUCUGUCAGUUCAAGUGCAACAAUGACUACGUGCCUGUGUGUGGCUCCAAUGGUGAGAGCUACCAGAAUGAGUGUUACCUGCGGCAGGCUGCCUGCAAACAACAGAGUGAAAUACUUGUGGUGUCAGAAGGAUCAUGUGCCACAGAUGCAGGAUCAGGAUCUGGAGAUGGAGUCCACGAAGGCUCUGGAGAAACUAGUCAAAAGGAGACAUCCACCUGUGACAUUUGCCAGUUUGGUGCAGAAUGCGAUGAAGAUGCCGAGGAUGUCUGGUGUGUGUGCAACAUUGACUGUUCUCAAACCAACUUCAAUCCCCUCUGUGCUUCUGAUGGGAAAUCUUAUGAUAAUGCAUGUCAAAUCAAAGAAGCAUCAUGUCAGAAACAGGAGAAAAUUGAAGUUAUGUCUUUGGGUCGAUGUCAAGAUAACACAACUACAACUACUAAAUCUGAAGAUGGGCAUUAUGCAAGAACAGAUUAUGCAGAGAAUGCUAACAAAUUAGAAGAAAGUGCCAGAGAACACCACAUACCUUGUCCAGAACAUUACAAUGGCUUCUGCAUGCACGGGAAGUGCGAACAUUCCAUCAAUAUGCAGGAGCCAUCUUGCAGGUGUGAUGCUGGUUAUACUGGACAACACUGUGAAAAAAAGGACUACAGUGUUCUAUACGUUGUUCCCGGUCCUGUACGAUUUCAGUAUGUCUUAAUCGCAGCUGUGAUUGGAACAAUUCAGAUUGCUGUCAUCUGUGUGGUGGUCCUCUGCAUCACAAGGACCAAACUUUAGGUAAUAAAAUUGGACUAAGAUCUGUAAACUUUCCAACCUUCUAGGAAAUGCCCCAGAAGCAACAGAAUUCACAGACAGAAGCAAAAUACAGGGCACUACAGUUCAGACAACACAACAAGAGCGUCCACGAGGUUAAUCUAAAGGGAGCAUGUUUCACAGUGGCUGGACUACCGAGAGCUUGGACUACACAAUACAGUAUUAUAGACAAAAGAAUAAGACAAGAGAUCUACACAUGUUGCCUUGCAUUUGUGGUAAUCUACACCAAUGAAAACAUGUACUACAGCUAUAUUUGAUUAUGUAUGGAUAUAUUUGAAAUAGUAUACAUUGUCUUGAUGUUUUUUCUGUAAUGUAAAUAAACUAUUUAUAUCACACAAUAUAGUUUUUUCUUUCCCAUGUAUUUGUUAUAUAUAAUAAAUACUCAGUGAUGAGAAAA